AUUGCUAGCUCUUACAGAAACGAUGAAAAAUUUCCCCAAUAUUUCAAAAACUAAAGUUAACCAGUGCUAAAUAAUUCUAAACUUUGCAUGUCUAAAGCUAUGAAAAACUUCAGUCAAAUUAAUGCCCAAGGCAAUGCGACUAAACCCAGUCUUGCAGUUGGAUCUAUACUGGGACACGUGACACGUGCGGGGGAUUAAGUUCUAAUAAUGUUGAUUUUGUCCUCCAGUCAAAUAUUGGGUAGAUGAAGGUUACCUAAGAAGUUUAAUUUCGUAACAUGAAAAAAAAACUUUUAAUUAUUCCUUAAAAAAUGUAAAUUUUGGUAGAAAAAAUGAGAAGAUCAUGCUUAAAAGCUAUUUUCUGGUUGAAAAAAAGUAAACUUGAACAAUACCUGUAUGUAGACAUUUGUUAGCUCAGGAUGGUUGAGUUAAACAAACGAGGUUUUGCAUUCUCUUAAACUGCUCAGUUUUAUUAAACAUGUGGACCUUGCCCAUCUGGUUUAUAAUAUAUCAGAUCUCAAGAGCUGCAGGAUAUAAGUCAACAACUGAUGAACAAGUUGCUCAAGCUUUCGCAACACUAGAUAAUCAGCUAUUGUUGAAUUCGCCUGAAACCACUACCCUAAGGCUGGGUCUGACCCACGAUGAUAUAUUUGCAGAAUAUAAAUCACCUAUCAUUAGAAACUGUUCACAAAUUAACGGAAUGGCAAUAGAUUUUUCUCAAAUCUUUCAGGAGUUUCUUGGUGUAAAAGUAGAGUGCAAGGAGGCAGCUGAUGGUAAAUGGGGAGGGAAGAUCAAUGGAUCAUGGAAUGGUGUACUAGGAAUGCUGCAAAGAAACGAAAUAGAUGUUGCUAUGCUUGGGUUUAUGGAGAGCAAAGACAGACUUCAAGAUUUCAAAUUUUUGCAUCCAAUAGGAAAAGACGCAGUUUAUCUAAUAUCGAAAACAGUGACAUCGAAGACUAAAGAUUCUUACUGGAAAAGUAUACGAGGUGGUAUAAGAGAAGAUGUUUGGCUUGCACUUCUAAUAUACAUAUCAAUAGCAGCUUUCCUGUUCAAUAUAAUGAACAACCGUGAAAAAAAAGCUUCAACUAAUCUUCUCAUGAGAGAGUUUUUUGGAAAUGUUUGGAGUUUCUUCAUGGUCUCAGGCUGGCAGAUGCCUUUAUUACAACCCAGGACCACGUCAGCAAAGAUUUUAGUUUUGAGCAGUUUGUUUCUGGGAAUGAUGAGUUACAGUUCCUAUUCUGGAGUACUUGUCUCCAAUACCCUAGAGGGAAGGGUAGAUGUAGCGGUCAACACCUUUCAGGAAGCCAUGGAUACUGAUCACACGAUAUAUGCCUACUACGGAUCAAUAGGAGCUGACGUUGCAGAUGCAUAUAAGGCGACACAUCCUGAAAUAUCAUCAAAUAUAAAAUAUUUUGCAAAUGGAACUCUAGAGGAACGGUUGGAACUGAUCAGGUCCACGAGUGGAGGAGCAACAUUGGUACCAGGGGAGGAUUUUGCUGAAGUUUAUAUAAAAAAACAGAAGGGAACUUGUGAUCUCGGUCGAAGCAAGGAAGCAGUGACAAGUACUGUUCCCUACGCUUUUGUAGUAAACCGUGGGUUUGCCCUUGAGCAUAAAAUCAACAAAAUUAUUCAACUUAUGGAAGAAUCCGGGAUACUACGGUAUAUCCAGAACUCUAGAAUAUCCAGACUUGAAGAUGUUGAACGCCAGCACUGCACCCUCCGCCAGCAGUAUGAACGGCUUGGUCUGAUUUCUCUCCUUGGGUUCUUCCUGAUCCUCGGAGCAGGGUUUAUCACAGCUCUUCUUAUUCUAGGAGCAGAGAAUAUAUUCAAGUUUGUCAAGAGUCACGUAUACAAAAGCAGAAAAUUUGACAUAGAGAUGAAGAUAUGAUGUUAUAAUUUUUAUAAAAAAAUAAAUGAUAAAAUAUUCUUUAA